AUGGCCACGACAUCAUUCCCGUACGCGACGCUCUGCGUCCAGGGGAUCAAGGAUGGGGUCACCAGCGAGGCACUUGAGGCUCAGUUUGAGCAUUAUGGAAGAGUGCGGAAUUGCAACAUCACGCAGAACAAGAACAUGAAGGGGGUGCCAGACACUCGGAUUGCGCUGGUGGAGUUCGCCCGCCGAGAUGAUGCGCGGAAGGCUAUGCAGGAGCUGAAUGGCCGAAACGUGCAGGGCAAGUGCGUGAUGAUCAGGUUCGCCCGGAGCUCCGCAGGCAUGCGACCAGCAGCUGCACCAGCUGUGCGACGUGGUGUGCCA